UUCUCAAAAGUUCAAAGAUAAUCCGUAAACCUUUAUUCAAAUUUUGCUAAAAUGGUUCUAAAAGGUAAGUUUUAGAAACCCAUGUCACGUGUCUAAGUUGGUUUUCUUCAACUCAAAAUGUUUGAGUAAAACGCCAACACCAUCUUCAUUUUGAAAAGUGUUUCAAGGGAUAUAAUGAAAUGAGAGGUACGAACACUCUAUAAGACUUGUAUGGAAUUCCAAUAAAAUCUCUGAUCUUCAAUGUGAUUGAGCAUAAGAAAGUAAUUGGAAGUACUUGUGAUCAAAAGUUGAUCAAAUAACAUUAUUCUUCAUCCAUUUCAUAUGGAAUUAAAUAGUUGAUUAAACUCUACUAUAUGAAUAAUGAUUGGAUAGACUUAGUAAAAUCAUGAAAAGUGCUUAAAGAAGUUAAGUAAAGUAUUAUUUUGAACCUAAGAGAAAUGUUCUAAGUGGCCCAUAAGGGAAAGGUUUAAGAAUAUAUGAGGACGGUAUUAAGAAGCUAUAGGCUAAGAAAUACAAGCAAGUUGCUACUUCUCAAACCUAAACCUACUUAUGCUAAAAGUUGUUGUGAACGAAAAAUGUUUCCAAUUAGAUAGACCAAUUCCAAUUGAUUAGAAACUACCUCAUAUAGUUGGAAGGUAAAAGAAUGGAAAUAUUCCAAUUUAAGAAGUACAUUGUAGAAACUAAUUUAGCAUAUUACUACUUCUUGGACAUACGAUGUCAUGUUUAAUUCUCUCAUUGAGAAUGUGGUUAAACUAAAGGAAGAAGUAUGGCUAAGGGUGAAAUAAAUCUACAAGUUUAGAAGCAAAUGUUGCUACUUCACAAGUAAAAUCUACAAGUUUAGAAGCAAAAAGUUGUAACUUUACAAGUAGAACUUACAUUUCACCUUACCUAGUAAUUGUCUAGAAUUAAAUAAAUGUUAUUUAUUCUUGCCAUUACCAAAACACCAAUCAAUGUUAAUAAUGACUAAGCAUUGAAGAUUCAAAAAUAUGGAGUAAAUGUAAUUCUAUGCUUUAUUGAGUCACAAUGUGUUUUAAAUAGCUAAUUAAAUAGGUUUAAAGUUCUAUAUGGUAGAUAUAGAUAACCCAUUUCUAUAUAUAUAAAUUGUCUCUAAAAUGUCAAUUAAUUCAAAUGAAAAUGCACAUUACAUACGGAAGAUCUAAAGGGAUGGACUUUCAUUACCAUUAGAUUAUGAAUCUAUCGAUAUAUGUAAAUAUCAUUCUAAUUUGACAAUUUACAAAGUUAUCCUUUAGAGAAAUGAUGACAUGAACUCAAGGUCAAAUACAUAUCGAUGUAAGAAAACUUAAGGUUCAAAGGCUAGAGACGGACAAUGAAACUUCAUUUGUGAUACGAUCACUUAUGCUUAUUGAAGCAUAAAUGUUAAAGUUUUGAAAAGUUCAAAAAGUCCAUAAUUCAAAAUCAACUUGACAAGAUAAUAAAUACAUAACAAUAUGAAUGUAAUGGUGAAAGUUUGAGUCAAGACAUUUACUUGGCAAUAUAUUCAAAGUAUUGCGAUAUGAUCGUAAUAAUGAGAAUUCGAGCCAAGAACUUAAUGAACAUCCAAGAGUUGUGAAACUUUUUAACAACAAACUCCGAAAGAAAACUGUUAGGGGGUUUUUUGGAAUCCCUCGAGAUAUAGGUUUUGAAUAUAGCCAGACGGUCCUGGAGACCUUCAACAAAUAUUCUGUUUGACGGAAUAUUCGCCUCUGACGAUCAGGUUAGUGAGCGGAAAACGAAGUAAUCUUAGAGAGAGAAAGUGUAGAAAAGUUGGAGCAAAUUGCUUAUGCAAUGAAUGAGAUGUUUCUAUCCACCCCUCCCAUCAUAAAUGAUUGGGUAUUUAUAGGGGUGAGAAUGUGUGCCAUCUAGGGUUUAGUGACCUAGAAUGGUGUGCUCUAAUUGGCGACGCAAUCAGGUAGGGACAACUGGACAAGUGUCCAUUGGGGGCGCCAUUUUAGCCGCUUUUCUCGGGAUUUGGGCCUCCUGAUGUAAGGAGGCCUUUCUCUCAUUCAGGUGCUCUUUUGUUUGACACGUGUCAUCUUCCUAUUAGGACACGUGUCGCCCUGCUAUUGGGUCACGUGUUACUAUAGGAUUGGGCCACGUGUUGGGGGUAUUUUUACCCUAAACAUUUGCCUUUCAUAGGGGGUGGCUCGUAACUUACGGGCCGCCUCCUCUGAUUUUCAGUCGUCUAGGGAUGUCUGAGUAUAGGGCUGAUGGAGCAUCGUUAUUAAAAGGAAGCGGACUGUACCUUCUGUUCAUGGAUUCCUUUUUGGGCUAACUGCCUUAGUCAGUCCGCCUAAUUACAUUUGUGGACUUAAGUCUUGAAAUAAGUCGGACGAAUGGUGCCGCCUGGUAUCAGGUGGGACACCUGUCUUCCAUAUUUCUCAGGCCAAUGGCUUGAAGUUGCUGACCUGACCGUCUAUUUUGAUGCGUCGUUUAGGCAACCGUACGUCUUCCCCGUCUAUAUUGACGGAAAGGUUAAAUUAACCGUUUAGGCUUCUAGGUUAAUUUUCAAAAAAAUAAUCGUUUGAGCUUCUAGGCGGGAAAAGCGGUUUUUCCAUUUUGCCCCCAUAAAUUUGCCUAUAAAUAAGACUUGUUUGACUUUAUCUUGUCACUUUGGAAACUUGCGAUUUUUAGAGAGAUAUCAGAGCUUUUUAAAGAUAGAGAAACUAAUUUCCUCAAAUCUUUAAGAGCUUCGCGGUGUCUUUAAACUUUCCGUUCGAGUUUCUUUGAAUUUUCCGCUCAACCCUCGAAGAUCUUCAAAGUCUUCAAAGUUUUCUACUUGUAUAGAGGUAAUCACCUGCUUUUUUUUUUCUUUUCUGUACUUGUUUCAUUUUUUAAACACAAACUUGCACAAUAUUCGACUUCGUCCGUUUCUCCUCAUGAGGUUGGUCGUUCGCCUGGGACUGAGGAGUCUAGAGUGGACGGAGACGAAUCCUUCUCUCUUUAGAGUUGGUCCAUUUGUAGUGCGUACCAACUCACCCCUACCUAUUCUUCUCUGUCCCUACUGUCAAACAUGGCGCGUACGAGACAAAAGUACGAGCGAGAUGCCCCUAGAUAUCCAAACGGCAAUAUGGUGGAUCCCCAAGUCCCUUUUGACCCAAGUAACACGGACGGGGAAAGUACGAGCGCCACAGUUGGUGGUAGUGCUUGUUCUGUAGUGGAGGUGACUGCCUCCAUUUCUGAGCGACAAGCUCAACAAAACACUUCUCAGACCUCUUCUAAGCAGGCGUCCGGGCAAAAUCCUGUACAACGCCUUUCCCAAUAUACCAGCUCGGUCCCGAUGUCGUCCGAGCUGUCAUCUUCUGAAAGGCAUCCUUCAACAAAUCAGGCGGACGCUAGGUCCGGCCGAAGGUGAUCGUCCGGCCAAAAUCCCCAACAACCCUCAAUCCAAACCACCAGGUCGGCAGGCUUAGGAGUGGGAUUCAUGUUUAUGAGCCGUCCGACCUGCCCCCUCGCAGCGCUCCUCCUUUAGGAAAUCAAACAGACGCUAGGGGGAAGAAAGAUAAGGGUAAAAAACCCUUGGUGCCAGAGGGCACCAUUGUUAUUGAAGCCGGCCAGGGCUCUAGGGGAGAAAGCUCGGCCGAGGCUGCUGCUUUGGACAUAAUGUUGUCUUCUGAGUUCGGCUCGGCCAGGGCCCCUGAACCCAGGCCGUCGAACAAGAAGCUGAGAAUCCGGACGCGGAUCAGGUAUAAUAUGUGAUUCUUUUCAAUCAACUUGCUACGUGGAGAUCACGCUUCAAAGGUAUAAUUAUGUGAUUCUUGUGUGUUAUGCAUGCGAUCUUGUUUUAGGUGCGUAUGAAUAUGAUUCAUGAAAUUCCGCUUAGAGUACCUAAAUCCUUACAGAUAGACGAUGUGAAGAAGGUCAUGUGCGGUUGUACAAUGAUUACUUGUAGAAGUUCUAGUUUACCCAAGUGACCUUUUCUGACGUAGAUUCAAAUGCGCAAGCAUGUGUUUGAACGUGUUAUGUAUGCAGUAAUGGAAAAUGAUACAUGGUUCCAAUAAAAGAGAGAUGCUACUAGGCGACUAGGCUUGUCUCCACUACAAAAGUGCACUGCAGCAAUUAGGCAACUGUCUUACGGUUUAGCCGCCGAUGCUUGUGACGAGUACACAAGAAUAAGCAAAAGUACUGCAAAGUUAGCAUUAGAAAAGUUUCUAGAAGGUGUUAUCAACCAAUUUGGUGAUCAGUACUUAAGACGACCAAAUGGUAAUGAUAUGGAAAUGCUGCUACAAAUCGGAGAGGAACGUGGAUUUCCAGGCAUUAUCGGAAGCGUUGAUUGUAUGCACUGGGAGUGGAAAAAUUGUAUGACUGCAUGGAAAGGACAGUAUCAAGGCAGAAAAGGGGUAGCCAUUCUUAUACUAGAGGCUAUUGCUGAUCGAGACUUGUGGAUUUGGCUUCUUUCUUCGGGAUAUGACUUAAACGUGCUACACCGAUCUGUUGUGUUUGAGGAUGUGUUGGAGGGGCGUACUCCUCCUGUGAGCUUUGUUGUUAAUGGUCAUCAAUACAACAAGGGAUAUUACCUUAUUGAUGGUAUUUAUCCCAAGUGGGCUACUUUUGUGAAGUCUGUCACUAGUCCGCAGACUCAGGAUUAUAAAUUGUUUGCACAACAUCAAGAAGCAGCGAGGAAAGAUGUUAAGAGAGCUUUUGGAGUCCUACAAUCUCGAUUUGCUAUAAUUAGAAAACCGUCUCUUGCUUGGGAUGUUCAAAUACUUCACAAGAUUAUGUUAUCGUGCAUCAUAUUGCACAACAUGAUCGUUGAAGAUGAGCGAGAUAUGUAUUUGAACAACUUUGACACGUUUCACUUCAUUGACAGCCAAAGUGGUUCCAACAAGGAUGCUUUCGAGUAUCGUAAUGAGCGUGUGGUAGACAUCAACAUAUACUUGCAACGAAGAACAGAGAUUGAAGAUACAAGCUCACUUGCAAUUAAAACACGAUUUGGUUGAGCACAUUUGGAGGAAAUUUAGGCGUAACGAGAUCAAUAACAAUUAGAUUUCAAUUCUGUUAACGGUUAAGUAUGUGUAUGUCUAGUGCACUUGGGUGGUUUUUUUUUUCAAAUUUGCAAUUAAUAAAAAAUUUGUAUUCCGCAUUUAAAUUAACGAAUUAAUUAAUAACGCUAAUUAUGCUAAUCGUAAACAAUUAAAAACGCUAAUUACGAUAAUUUUAGCUAAUUUUGCACGUAAAUAACGCUAAUUGUAAUUUCCUAAUACUAAGCGUUACUAAUCACGAUAAUAAUAACGGUAAUAAGAAUCAAUUAUAUAUCACAUGAAAUUAAUAUAUUGUUAAUUAUGUAUGUAUUUUAAUUUUUAUUAAAUGAUAAAUUGAGGUGGGGUAGGUGAAUAGAAACAUGAACAAUUUUUUUUUUGGUUCAUGGUUAAGAGGAAGAUGUUGGAAAUUAUUUGUGUGGUUUAUGUAUACGAGAGAGAAAUUAUUAUUUUUUUUUGUGAAUAGUAACAUGAACAAUUUUUCUUUUUUUUUAUUCAUGAAUAAGGAUGCUUUUAUAUUGCAUACAACAUCUGAUAGUGUA